AUGGCCCGUCUUGCCCAUGUCGAAGAUGACAUCACGUUCUCUCUGGCAGAUUAUACUGUGGCAUGUAUCUGUCCCCUUGGAGUUGAGUGUGCUGCAGUGGAGGCCAUGCUAGAUGAGAUCCAUGACCCCCUACCAAUUAGCAGUGACCGUAACGCGUACACAUUUGGUCGACUGGGUGCCCACAAUGUUGUUGUGGCGGUGAUGCCGGAGAUGGGGAACAAUGCGGCAGCUACCACAGCUACGCAACUUCUCAACGACUUUCCUUCCUUACGAUUCGGCUUGUUGGUCGGUGUCGGAGCUGGCGUUCCUGGAUCGGAGACUGGCGAUGAUGUCCGAUUGGGGGAUAUCGUCGUUGGUCAGCCUACGAAUACAUUCGGUGGGGUGGUGCAGUAUGACAUGGGCAAGAAAAUUGUAGAUGGCAACUUUCUGCGAAUAGGACACCUCAAUAAGCCGCCUGAAGUUUUGAGCGGCAAUUUCUUGAUGCUUUUUUGGGCGCUGUCGAAGAACCUAUCCGCACGACCGAGGUCAAGGUGCGGCAAAUUCAUAAAAGUCAGGAAGGUGAGCUGGACUGAGCCUGCAAAAAUUGACAUAUUGCGGACCACCGGUCUCAUUAUCUUCUCAGAGAACCGCGAAUCCGAGAUCCUUUCGUGGGUCUCAGAAACACCAUACGAAAAGCAUUUCAAAACUGCCAAAGAUGGAUUGCUUGCAGAUUCAGGCCGUUGGCUGUUCGAAAAGCCGGGGUUUGCAAAGUGGCUGCAGUCUAAUCAGUCUGAACUGUUUUGGUUGCGUGGAAAGCCCGGAUCGGGAAAGACCAAGCUCUGUGCAAUGGUAGUAGAUACAUUGAUCAAACAAGACGCAAACGUGAUCUACUUCUUCUGCAGUCGCACCUUAAAUAGCCCAGAUCGCCAGGAUCCAAAGUCUAUUCUUCGAUCACUACUCCACCAAUUAUCAUCAAAGCCUCAAGACGGAAUUCCAAAGUUACUUUGCGAUGCAUACGACAAAAGAUACUCAACUGGAAUGGCCAGGGACGGAUUGGACUUUGAUGAGUGCCGUGAGUUGAUCGCUGUGCGUCUCAAGGACCAUCCUAGCACCACGAUUGUCAUCGAUGCGCUGGAUGAAUGCGACGAGCAAAAGAGGAGCAUUCUAUUGCAGUCUUUAAGACGCUUUGUGGAUGACUCUAAUACCAGUGUCCGAGUUAUGAUAUCGAGUAGAGACGAUCGUGAUAUUGUAGUCCGGCUCAAAGAUCUGCCAAAUUUCACGAUCAACGAAAGUGUCACUCGGACAGAUAUAGAGCGAUUUGUGGAGCAACAGGUCAAGCAGAGUGUUCAAACCAAAAACCUACUCUACGGUGAAGCCACAUCCGAGCUAGAGAGCAAAAUUAUAGCUGAGCUGGUCGCCAAAGCGGGUGGAAUGUUCCUCUGGGUUCGACUUCAAGUUCAACGUCUAUGCCAAAUGCAGACUGAGAACCAAGUGUUAUCCCUUUUAGGACGCUUACCACCGACGCUAAGCGAGACAUACGAUCGAAUCUAUGAGAAAAUUGAACAGAGCCCGAGUGCUCACGAGGCACAUAAAGCUCUGGCGUGGCUGAUGGGUGCCAGAGGGCCUCUUCGUCCCACUCAGUGGGCUUCUGGAACCUCAUGGGCUGUUAACAAAACUCAUGCUUUGGGAGAUACAAAGCCAAGUCACCUCAGUGCUGAAACCCUGCUUGGUAUGUGUCAGAACCUGGUCGUGUAUGACGAACUACAGAAUCAAAUUGUCUACACCCAUAUUUCUGUUCUUGAAUAUCUUGAAAAGAAGCCGCAGUUCUCUAAGCUGUAUCUUGAUACACUGGUAGCUGAGACCUGUCUUCGAUUCAUGAUUAAUACACGGCUACCAAGGCCAUCGGACCUGGAGUACGACUUUUAUAAAUAUUCCGCACGACAUUGGAUCAGCCAUGUCAAGGCCAGUGGUCGGUACGUUCCCUCCGAGCUGGAUAACUUUCUGGGAAGAUGGGAGGCACCUACAAUGGCCUACCGCGAGUGGAAAGGUGCUGUUGAGCUCUUCGGGCGUCGCCAUCGAGAGUACAACUACGCAGAUGAGAUUGCGACUCUGACGAACGGUUUGCUGCUAGCAGCGUAUUACGGCAUCCGACACACAGCUCUCUGGAACCAUUCUCGAUAUGAUCCCAAUGCAACGGACGAGCGUGGAAUGUCCCUGCUUGCUUUAGCCAGUCAGAACGGGCAGCAAAGAAUUAUAGAGCUGCUGGUGCGCAACGGGGCCACCGUAAACCCAGCUCGCAGGCCUAUCGAUCCAAGUACAGCAAUGUGCGCUUUCAAGAAGCUCUAUUCUGAAUAUGUAAUUGAGCAGCUGGCCCUGGAUACUCCAAUUCGCAACGACUGUGUGGUUGAAGUCUUGCGAUCCCUUGUCCCUGGUGCUUCUAUUACCUCUCAGACACUGGAAGCUGUAUUCCGCGUGAAGCCUGGUGCUGUCAAGCUUCUGAAGGUUCUCUUGAACAGUAAGAGUUGCCGGACUUCAAGUACAGACGCAAAGCCAAAAAACGUCAAUAUGGAAAUAGCCUCCUUGGAGCCACUGGUGGAUCUUUUCAAUGAUAAUAUUGACAUUUGCCUAACCGAGGAAUUGAUUCUCGCUGCCAUGUCUAACCUUGAAGAGGCUCUCAGUCUCUUGGAGCUCCUGCUUUCGAUAGACCCUUUCAUUCCCAUUACUGAGGAAGUUGUUGCAGCAGUUCCAUUGAAGAAGAACAUCAUUGAAAUGCUCUUGUCAAAGAGUCGGUACAUAGCGACUGGAAACAAACGUAGCAGUAAGGUUUUGCUGCAGCUACAGGAGAAACUCCGCGCUAUCGACUCAUCGAAACCGCCUCUAUCCGGACAAACGGGCUCCAGGAGCACAAUUCCCGAGAAACCUAUCCCCAAGAAGCCUCACUUUGCAGUCUUCGAGAUUCGUGCCGCUGCCAUGGCCGGUCAAGAGACUUGGUUCGGCCGCUGCUUUUCCUCGGCCAUUCAGUACUAUCUUCCCAACGAGCAAUAUGGGUCAAUAUUUCUGGCUGCAAUCGAAGGAGGAGACCCUGGUAUAAUACAGCGAUGCAUUGAAUAUGGAGGUAUAUGGCCUGGAACCGACGAACAUGGUUGGAAUGCGGAACUCAUGGCCUUUUACAAAUGCAACAACAGUCUAUUGUCGCAAAUUAGAGCAGAAUUUGGGUGGAUACAUACUUCUCCUUUGCUUGCGAGUGCAUGGGCAGAGGACGGUGACUCUUCUCCAGCGCGAUCUAAUGGGAGAAUCCUGAGACUUACUAGUAGUGAGCAAGAUAAGUCUCGAAACUGGGUUCGGGCCAAUCAUCCCUUCAUCCCAAGUGGCACAAGCUACUUCGAAGUUAAAAUCAAGGAGCUCAAGGAGCCUGAAUAUAAGAAUGAACAGUGGAUUCAAGAACGGGUGGAGAUCGGCGUCAUUGACGAGUUUCUACAAUACAGGCCUGCAUACUAUUCCGAUACUGGGUAUGUGCACGACUUAUUCCUCACGUGGGAAGUAGAUUGCUUCAAGGAAGGGGACACCGUGGGUUAUGGGAUCGACUGGAAGAGGAAGCAACAGUUCGUCACUGUCAAUGGAGUACGAGAAGAUGUCCAUAUGUCCUUUGAUCAGCUGCACGGGAGGCGACUAUUUCCCUCUGUCCGUGUCUUCGAGAUGUCUGGGAACUGUGAAUUAGAGGCCAACUUUCAGGGCCCCUUUAUGUAUCACCUGCUGCAGGAGCAUGGAGUUGGGUGGUAA